AUGCAACAUCACACAGUACCCAGUUAUAUGACCGAUAUACCUUAUCAGCAAUUGUGGAAUUCGGAGGCUCCACCGCCGCCUCCGCCACCAAUGAUUCCUUAUCAGAAUUUUAUGGCCGCUUUUCCCAGUUCAGAUUUUGCUCUUUGGCAACGUUCUCAUGUCGGCAGUUUAAUGUCUUCCCAAUCGUCAACAUCAUCGUCCUCAACUUCCAGUCUGCAACAGAGUAAAAGUCAAACCAAUGGUGGCUCUUCAUCCAGCGGUGGCAGUACGACUAAAAAAGUAAGACGACGUACUGCAUCUCUGGCUCAACGACGUGCCGCCAAUAUUCGUGAACGUCGUCGAAUGUUGAAUUUAAACGAAGCAUUUGAUAAACUUCGCCCCAAGGUGCCAACUUUCGCCUACGAAAAACGUCUGUCACGUAUCGAAACUCUGCGACUGGCUAUCACUUAUAUUGGAUUUAUGCAAGACCUUUUAAAUGGUACAGAAAAUACACAAAAACCCCGAACAGACGAUUACUAUGGUAACAUGAAUGGUCAUCAUCAGCAUCAUCCAGCCUCGGGUCAUGUCACACAUCAUCUACAUCCGUCGGCAUAUCCGAGAGAUUAUGUGCCAAGUUAUGGUCAUCCAAUGGCCUAA